UCUCAUCCUUUUCCCUCCCUCCACAGUUUUGCUCUCCCUCUCUCUCUCUCUCUCCCUCUAUUUCUCUGAGCGAUUCUCUCUCCUCACUAGUGUUGAACCAGUUGUUUCAUGCUGCACUGCUGUGUUUACUCAGUCCUGCGAGCCUCUGAUGGCAGAUUCAAGGAAACAAGAGCUGCUGACCAUCUCCAGUGUGCCUCUGGGAGAAUGUCCACCCUCACCUCCCCGCACUGCACCACCCACCAUGAAGUCGGCAGAGUUCUUCGACAUGCUGGAAAGGAUGCAGAUUCCCAAAACUGAGGAGACUAAGAAAUACAAGGAUGUACAUCCCUUACCCCCGGAUUGAGGAUAUCCUGGAGAAGGGUGGUCCCUACCCUCAGGUCAUUUUACCUCAGUUUGGUGGAUAUUGGAUUGAGGAUCCCGAGGCUGCGUUGGGGACGCCCACGUCUUCAGACAGCAGCUUCUGUGAGGAGGAAGAUGAUGGUCUGAGCCCUGGUGGAGAAGGAGGCUUCGGCUACAGGCUGGAGUGUAACAGCAUCUCACGGGCUUAUCGCAAACACUUUCUGGGCAAUGAGCACAUGAACUAUUACUGCACAGCCAGUAGUAUGGGACACCUCAUCAUGUCUCUGAAGUAUGAGGAGGCAGAUGGACAGGAGUCUCUCCGCAUCAUGCUCAGGUCAAAAACAAAGACCCUUCAUGAGCGAAUCCCACUUGAAGGCCUCCUCCAGCUACCAAGUGUACCACAGAUAGCCAAGCUGCUCUGCGAUGAUGUCACAGGUCUAAAGUUCAACCCCGUCCUCUACCCUAGGGCUUCACAACUGAUCGUCAGUUUUGAUGAGCACGAAGUGAACAACACUUUUAAGUUUGGAGUCAUCUAUCAGAAGUUUGGUCAGACAACAGAGGAAGAGCUGUUCGGGAACAAUGAGGAGACGCCAGCCUUUACUGAAUUCCUCAGUGUUUUAGGAGACAAUAUUGAACUGCAGGAUUUUAAAGGAUUCAGAGGCGGUCUGGAUGUGUCUCAUGGACAGACAGGAUCUGAGUCUGUAUAUACUACGUUCCGUCAGAGAGAAAUCAUGUUUCACGUUUCCACAAAACUCCCUUUUACAGACGGAGACAUUCAGCAGCUCCAGAGGAAGAGACAUAUUGGCAAUGACAUUGUCGCAGCCGUCUUCCAGGAAGAGCCCACACCUUUUGUACCUGAUAUGAUCGCAUCCAACUUCCUUCAUGCCUACGUGUUAGUGCAGGCGGAAAACCCUGGCACUGAUCACACCACGUACAAGGUGUCCGUCACAGCACGAGAGGAUGUCCCUCCGUUCGGCCCCCCUCUUCCAAACCCUUCCGUCUUUAAGAAGGGUCCUGAGUUCCGGGAAUUUCUCCUGACAAAAUUGAUCAACGCAGAAAAUGCAUGCUGCAAGUCAGACAAGUUCGCCAAGCUAGAGGAGAGGACACGCGCAGCACUGUUAGAUAACCUUCACGAUGAACUGCACAGACAGACACAGGCCACAGUAGGACUGGGCUCAACUACAGAUGAAGAAAAGCUAGAAAAUGGAGGUCAUGGAGGGCUGCUGGAGUCUUUUAAGAGGGCCAUGCGUGUGAGGAGCCACUCCAUGGAGACGAUGGUGACUCAUAAACACAAGAGUCCUGGAGUGACAGCAGGGGUCCCGUCCAGUGUCAGCGGUGGAGGACUCCAGCAGAACAGCGUGGAGUGCACCAAGAGCACCUUCACUCCUCCAGUGCUGUCUGCGAAAUCUCCAUUAAAGAGUCCAGUAAAGCGGCGCUCUGGUCUAUUCCCCAGACUGCACUCCAGCACGGAAAGUCCAACUGAGAAACAUCCUACUCGCAGUGACCAAAAAACAGAAGUGUUACCUCAGUCGCAGGAAGUGAGGUCCGAGACAUCAUCCAAUCCGAGUUCACCAGAGAUCUGCCCAAACAAAGAAAGGCCAUUUGUGAAGCUGAAAGAGUGUAGUGGCAGAGCUAAUAUCUCACGAUCCUCCUCCAGCACCAGCAGCUUCAGCAGCACAGCAGGGGAGGGAGACGGACUGGAGGAGCUAGAAAUGAGCAGUCACCCGUCCACGGCUUCAUCUGUAUACAGUCCAUCUCUCAGCGUGGAAAGCCAGAACUCCGGAACGCCGCUGAUCAUGUGCCGCAGUCCCACAGAUGGAAAGAACAAAACUUCACCGAGGUCAAACUUGAAAUUCCGCUUUGACAAAAUGAGCCACUCCACAGGUCAUUAGGUCAGACAGAAGCCACUGCAUGG